AGGAAAUCAGGCUAGAGAGAGAGACAGAAAAAAGAGGGGUUAUGUUAGAUCCAGCGAAUGACUUGGUUCCACCACCCUCGUCUCCGACAAUCUCUUCCGUCUCUUCCUCCGAUCUAGACACUGAGUCGACAGGUUCAUUUUUCCAUGACCGAAGCACAACACUGGGCACCCUAAUGGGAGUCACCUUCCCAGCAAUUACAUUCCGAGCUCCCUCUCUAUCUCAGCACCGCCAACCCACCACCAACACGGCCGUCGAAAAUUCAGUCGGCGGCGCUGGGCGGAGAAGCAAGAAAUCAAAGAAAAUAGCCGCUAUGGUGACGGAACAGCGGUGGCGGAGGAGGAGGUGGUGGACUCUGUGCAGCGAUUACGGGUCAAAGCCAUCGUCUUUAGGCGAGUUUCUAGAGGUGGAACGGAGGUUCGGAGAUGGGGCUUUUUUCGGUGCUGCGGCGGAGCUUGAAGGGGUUGAUAUUCAGCCCGGGAAUAAGCGGAGUUUGUUUGCUGAUGGACGGGUCCUACCGCCCGUAGAUGUUGAGGAAGAAGGGUCAUCUACGGCUGCUAGUCUUUGUAGAUUUCCGGUUUCUCUUACUGGCAUCUGUAGUGGUGGCAGUGGUGGAUAGGAUUUGAUUUGGCCUUUUUAUUUUCUUUUCUUUCCUUUCCUUUACUUUUUUUCUUCUGUUUUUUUUGUUUUUUUUUUCGUUUUCAUUUAUUCUUGUUGUUAAGCUUGUUUAAAGUUUGAUUAAAUCCAAUGAUCUCCCCU